GUGGGGCCGCUUCGCUUCUCCCCUCUCUCUUUCUCCCUCUCUCCUCCUGGCUGCUGCACUUCUGCGUUGCUCAGCGCGCGCGCGCACAGGCAGCCCCCUCGGCCGGACUGGGCGGCCAGCUCGCGGCAGGCGCUGCACCUGACCGCAGCGCUGUGAGGAGAGCAGGCAGAGGCGCCGGACGGGGCUGAGGGGAGACAAAAGAAGAGGAGCCGCGAAGCCACCAACACGAGGCAGCCGCUUCUCCGGGCUGCCUCAGACGGACGCCCCGCCACCCCCCGCUGCCGGCGGACACUUGCUGCUGCCUGCGAAGGAGGAGGAGGAGUCCGUCCCUCGCUUCAUGGCUGAGCAGCACUGAGGAGGCGGCGGCGGCGGCUGGAGCUGGAGCCCCGAGGAGCAGCGCUCAAGCCCGGCGCGCAGCCUCUCCCGCGGCUGCUGCUCCUGGAUCUCCCCCGGGAUUCUCGCCUGGGCGGCCGGGCGGCGCACGAUGCGCCCUGCUGCUCGCUUCUGAGCGCCAGCCCCGCCGCGAUGAUCUCUCCGGAGCAGCAGCAGCAGCAGCCCAACCAUGUCGUGGCCACCAUCGAGAACCUGCCGCCCGAGGGCAGCGGCGGCGGCAGCAGCGGCAGGAGCAGCAUCUCCGCCCCCUCGGCUUCCAGCGUGCGCCAGAGGAUCCGGAAAGUGUUUAACAGGGAGCUCCUGUUGUCUAUAGCUCUUGGGCAGGUUCUGUCCCUGCUUAUCUGCGGUAUUAGCCUGACCAGCAAGUAUCUGUCAGAUGAUUUUCAUGCCAACACUCCAGUCUUUCAGAGUUUCCUGAACUACAUUCUCUUAUUUUUGGUCUAUACCACAACAUUAGCUGUUAGACAAGGAGAAGAAAACUUACUGGCAAUCUUGAAACGAAGAUGGUGGAAGUACAUGAUCCUGGGGAUAAUAGAUAUAGAAGCAAAUUACCUGGUAGUUAAAGCUUAUCAAUAUACCACUUUUACUAGUGUACAGCUCCUAGAUUGUUUUGUGAUUCCAGUUGUGAUAUUAUUAUCUUGGUUCUUCCUGCUGGUUCGGUACAAGGCAGUGCACUUCAUUGGCAUUGUGGUCUGCAUUCUGGGGAUGGGCUGCAUGGCAGGAGCCGAUGUCCUUGUUGGACGGCAGCAAGGGGCAGGAGAAAAUAAACUUAUAGGGGACCUUCUAGUACUAGGUGGAGCCACUCUCUACGGCAUCUCCAAUGUUUGUGAAGAGUACAUCGUACGGAACCUGAGUCGGGUGGAGUUUCUAGGCAUGAUUGGACUCUUUGGUUCCUUCUUCAGUGGAAUUCAACUUGCCAUAAUGGAACACAAGGAGUUGUUAAAAGUUCCCUGGGAUUGGCAAAUAGGAUUACUCUAUGUUGGCUUUAGUGCUUGUAUGUUUGGCCUCUACAGCUUCAUGCCUGUGGUCAUUAAGAAGACUAGCGCUACAGCAGUCAACCUCUCCCUGCUUACAGCAGACUUGUACAGCCUUUUCUGUGGAUUCUUUCUCUUCUACUACAAGUUUUCAGGACUAUAUCUUCUGUCGUUCUUCACAAUCCUUGUGGGGCUGGUGCUGUACUCCUCAACGUCCACAUAUGUUGCCCAAGACCCACGGGUGUACAAGCAGUUUCGAAACCCUUCGGGUCCUGUUGUAGACUUGCCAGCCUCUGGGCAGCUGGAACCGUCAGUAACAUACACCAGCCUAGGCCAGGAAACGGAAGAAGAACCUCACGUCCGAGUCGCCUAAUCUCAGGCCCUUGCCACCCUCAGUGGAGUUUGUAUCUCCAUUAUCUCUGUAUCAUUCAUAGAGAAAGGUAUUUACCGGAUGCAGUUACUCAGGUGGGCUGCAAGGUAGCAAAUAGGGAAGGCUUAUUAAAAGUACAAACUAUAUUGUUUCUACAUGUGUAUAGCCAAGAGCAGUAACUCUCAGUCUUUUGCGUAGGGCAGUGCUUUUCAAGCUGGGGCUCCUCACAUACUUAUCAGGGCUCCUUAAUGAAAAGUUCAGCAAUGGUGGACAACUUUCCUGCAGGAGGGCUUGCCUACUGCCAAGUUACCCUUGGGGUGUCCACAGCAGGUAUGUUCAAAGGUGCACACUCAGGUCAUGGGCAGCAACAGGGAGGUCUGAUUGGCCUGGCCAGUGCCAUACCUGAACUGAGUAUGCAACGUAGAACAACCCCCAAGAAUGUGAUGCAAUGUGCUGGAGCUUCCUGGCAAGGGGUCCUUCAGCAGAUGAGCUGAUGUGAAAAGCCGGGUGGGGUAGGAAUUCAAACCAGGGUGCAGGCUGCACUGCUCAAAUUCUGGAUUGCCUGCUGUGAACAGACCCUCUACCUCAGUUCUGCCAGUAUUCCUGGUGUGCCCACCUUUACCACCUCCCCACUCUUCCCCAAGGCAAAAUACAGACAAACAAAAACUCUCCCUUGAGGAAGAAGGUGUGAUUAGGAGGUACCAGUGGCAGGUGUUCCCGUCAACAUGCAGAGCACUUGGCUACAGAAUCCCAGGAUCCCUAGCAGAAAAAGUUCCUCUGCACAUCAGCUCUUCCCAAGGGGUAAAGAUUAGGCUGGGCAGCAGUUCUCACCAGGAAUCCUGAGUGUUGUAAACAAGUCCCAGGUCUCUGGAAAGAUAAGGCCUUGUUCUGUGUAUAAAUGGGAACUCCCACCAUUUUCCUACUUCCUUCCUUUCUUUCUCAGGGUGGGAGCAAGGGUUGCCUUGGGGGAGAGGUGUAGGUGACAGGUGCUCUGCAGGGCUUUGGGUGUUUGAUUGGAACACUUGGGUGGAGGAAACCCUUAGCACUUUUAGGGUGAGUGGAAAUGCAAUGGCCCAUCCCUAGUGAAAAGGGUCUGUAGUGUUAGGGGUUAUAAAAAGUGUUGGCUUUGGUAAUUCGCAGCUAAUGCAAGAAAGAAAGACUUGAGUCACUUGAAACAACAUGUUCAGAAUGCAAGAUGAGAUUCUGUAAUGAACAAAGGGAUCUUUCUGCACCUCUUGGAGGUUGCUUUGCCAGGGGUUAUAUAGUGUUUCAGCAAAGCCACAGUUGUACAGUAGGCCCACUUGCACGCAAACACCCUUCAGCUGUUCUCCAAUGACCUUGGUUCUGUGCAGGAAAGGGCAGGUUAAUCACAGCGCCUCUAUACCCCAGUGCCAUUUUGUUCAUUCAGCUGUCUUAGCUACCUGGUUGCCCACCCUCUAAAGAAUCAUGUGUUCUGGGAAGCCAGGGGAUGGACAACUAUCAAUAUCCAUCUCUAUUCUAGGAAUAGGUCAAAAACAAACAUUUUUGCCCUUUUUAAAGAAGUACUUGCAAUUGCGAAGUAGUGAGACGUUGACCUUUUUAAAUUUUUUACAAUCGCCUUACUGGUAGCUGAGGUCCUCCAUUCAGUGAGAAGGAAAUUGUAUUUCCUCUUCAGUGUCUUAAUCUUGCAGACUAACAAAAUGAAACAAUCCCCAUUUCUUACUCUUUGAAAAUUGAAUCUGUCCUAAGAAAGUAUCUUUUUCUAUUUUUUAAUUAUUUAUUGUGGGUCUUCUGGUUAAGGGGAGAAAGAAUGGGAGCACAGUUUUAUAGACUUCUCUGCAUUCAAGGCGAACACAAGGCCAGAUGGAGGUGGCUCAGGCAGUGUUGCGAACUCUGCAUGUUCCUAGGCCUUGCGCUUCACUCCACAUUUCUGAUGGAGGCACCCUCGUGGAGACUAUUCAUAUUUCUUCAGACUCUUGGUCUGCUGUUUGUGGAUUUUAAAAAUCCAUUCACCUGGAUUUAACUGGGACUUGGAAUUAAAUAUUCUCAAGUUUUCAAGCUAAAAA